AUGGAGGUCACAAGGCGGCUGCAUAUUGCGGGAAUGACGCCAUCUAUCACGCUCAAAGACUUGGAGAAUAGAUUUAGCAGAUUUGGUAGCGUUUUAAGCGUCGAAGAUUGUGGCAGGGAUGGUAAUGGUGAUCCACGCAAAUAUUGCUUCAUGAACUUCCAAGCAAACCAGGCACAACUUAAUAAGCUGAUGCAAACAUUCUCCAACUCGCACUGGAAGGACGCUAAGUUGAGGAUCAGCGAAGCAAGGCCCAACUAUAUUACUAGAUUGGAAAUAGACAAAGAGAAAGCUGCAGAAAAGGAGCGCAGGAAGGAGUUUAAGCGAGUGAGAAGACUUCUCCAAAAGAAAUUAAGAGGCAACCUCAAGACCUACGCAAAGGAUAUGCGCUUGACAACACCUUACAAUGCAAAAUGGAGAAAUGGCUGGUACAUCACUCCCGCUAAGCACCUCAUACAUCCAAUACACAUACGCCCUGAUCAUCCUGUUCCAGUGCCAUCCACGUCUAGAGAUCCAUCGAAAUCUUCAAACGACUCAAAAGCUCCGAAACCACCAAAGAAAUCUAAGCAGAUCAUGAUAGAUCCGCGCAAGUAUGGCCCUAUGCAUUAUGGAGAGAGUAUGAUAGGCAGUGAAAACGUAAGCUCUGACAAUAGACCUUGGAGAUGUGAACAAGACGAGCAAGGUCGUGUAAAAUGGCUCAAGGAUGGUGACGAUGAUGAGAUAUACAACGUAGCUCACGCUGAUCCACAGAAAGUUUACGAAGAGAAUGCUGAUCAGUAUAACAAUUUGGAUGACAAAGUAUUUGCGUCAAAACCUAGACCUAAAGCGAACAACAUCGACGAAAUUGAGAAUCAAGUAAGAAGACUAGAAGAGAACGAGAAGAAAUAUGAUGAGGAUGCACUCAGUGAUGACGAUGAGGAUGAGAUAUUUGCAAUGCUCGAGAGCCAGAGGUUGAGGGAGAACAGAAGCGAGUCACCACUGUUUGAAGGUGCACAACCAAAAUCUUUUGACUGGCUAAACACAAUUCCAGAGUUAGACAAGACGGAACAAGCCAAAGCUCAGCCUAAGGUCGAUCCGUCCGCGGAACAAAUCAAGCAAGAGCACAAAUCACAAAACGCACUUCUUGAUUCACUUUUUCAGAGUAAUGACUUUGGAAGAAAAGCAUCAAUAGAUAUAGACUCCGACUAG